UGCGCACGCGCAGCGGUGCCGCGAGCGACCCGCGACGUGGCGAUGCGGCGGGCGGCGGCGCUGCUGGCGCUGCUGGCGGUGGCGGCGGGGGGCGGCGGCCCGCGGCCCCUCCGGCCUCCGGGGGCCGAGCUGCGGGGCCUGGCCCGGGGCAAGGUGGAGACCUGCGGCGGGUGACGGCUGAACCGCCUGCGGGAGGUGAAGGCCUUCGUCACCCAGGACAUCCCCCUCUACCAUAACCUGGAGAUGAAGCACCUGCCUGGCGCCGACCCCGAGCUUGUACUCCUCAGCCACAGAUACGAGGAGCUGGAGAGAAUCCCCCUGAGUGACAUGACCCGGGAGGAGAUCAACCAGCUGGUGCAGGAGCUGGGCUUCUACCGCAAGGAGACACCUGAUGCCCCCGUUCCCGAGGAGUUCCAGUUUGCCCCCGCUAAGCCUCUGCCCACCCUGCAGCCCCCCAAAGCUCCUGCAACUGACAGCAAGACCCCAUCUGAACAUGACAACAAAGAACAUCCAGACCUCUAGUGAGCGGUGCAAAGAGAGGGUAGAAGUGGUAGAAGGUCCUGCAGCCUUAGUGGGUGAGGAUGAGGGUGUUAGAACAGCUGCCUCUUCCUGUGCAGCUGGGAACAGAUCCAUGGGGUGACAAGGGUUUGACCGCGAUGCAGAGAAAUCUUUCCAGCUCCCCCCACUAUUGCUCAGUGUUCCAUAGCCUCUUCCCCGAGGAUGCCCUGAGCAGCUCUAGACUUCAGCAGAGGCUGCCUGUGCGCCGAGGACAUCCAAGUGAGCCGUAUCUGCCUGUUAAUUGCCUUCCCCCACCCCAGCCAUUCUGACGUGGCCAAUCUGAAGGAGCAGUAAUCUCAUUGUUCCUUUACCAUGCCCCGAGGUUUAGUCAACUCCUGGUGCUGGACAGCGAUAUCCUACCUGCACAGGACAGGAUGAAACCCUCAGCAGAAAGCCCCAGGUGCUGAGAGUAGAUGUGCUGAGUCCUGGAGGUGGGAAAGCUGCCUCCUACGAGGGUAUGGCUUUACACCACCAGCAGGGUUGCCUCAUAUUGAGCACACAGUAAAACUUUUGCUUACAA